CCUUCCUUUCAGACGUUGACUUUUAUUAGCAAAAUAUAUUGGGUAAUCCUUAUCAAUUCAGAGGAACCAGCGUCUUAGUCUUGAUCUUUGAUGUGUAUUGCAUUUGAAGCACUACACAACACACUUAAGAGGAAUCGACAGGUCUUAAAAUCUUUUCAGUCUUAUAAAGCCAUUUAUUAAGAUGAAAUUCAUAACCUUUGUUUGCUUUGUUGUUGUUUUAAUUACUAUUACACUAUGUGAUAGAGUAAUAGUUGAAGAAGAACUACAGCCUUUCCUAUCAAGUUUGGAAAAAUAUGCCCUAACUCCAAAUGCGGUGGUUUUCGUAGUGGAUGAAUCUGGAAGUAUUGGCUCUAAGACAUACCAAGAUGUCAAACAUUUUAUCCAUCUAAUAGCUCGACGUUUUUCAGUGUCAAGCGAACACAGCAGAGUUGCAGUUGUUUCCUUUUCUGAUUUUCCUAGGACGCAUCUUAAUUACAUUAAAAACACACAAGGAAGCAAUAUGUGCAAACUUUUGAAAGUUGUCGAUAACAUGGAUUACAUCGGUUCAUGGACGCAUACUAAUUUAGCUAUGGAUUCAGCUAGAGAUAUACUUGUGCAAGCCAGACCCAACGCAAACAAAAUCAUAAUUCUCAUCACUGAUGGUGAGAGCAACGCAGGUUAUAGUCCUGUAGAUGCAGCUCAGAAACUCAAACGAGAUGGAGUUGUUAUAUUUGCAGUCGGAGUGGCCAACGUGAACACUGAAGAAGUGAACGCUGUUGCAACUUCACCGGAUCAUAUUUAUAUAUUGAAGAAUUUCGAUUACAUAAAACAACUGAAUACAUACCUGAAAAAAGAAACUCGUGAAGUGAGCUGGGAUUACACUCCGGACGUAUCAAUGUGCAAUAAUUUUUGUGACAACAAAACCAACUGUUGUGAUGACCAUGCUAAAUGUUACUGUGGAACACUGAGUGGAGAUUAUCAAUGUGUUUGUGAUCCAGGCUACAAUGGAACAGGUGGCAGAAAUAGUUGCCAAAAGUGUCCUAAGGGAACUUACAAAAGUGCUCUUGACAUUGAUGGUUGCAAAAAGUGCCCGGAACAUUCGACGACUGCAAGUGUCGGAAGUCUUUCUUUUGAAGACUGCACAUGUAAUGUUGGCUAUGUCAUGGCAGGAAAUUACUGCAAACCUAUCGAAUGCGCUCAGCUGAAUCCUCCGGAAGGUGGAGUUCUGAUCCCUAAGAAUUGCAAAAAUACCUAUGGAGCUAAAUGCGAACUGAAAUGCAAAGAAGGCUACUGUCCUUUCUCCUGCAAUCUGGCUUUUUCAGGUGCAGAUUCAACUGUUCUGCCAUGGAACCGUAGUCCCUUGCCUUCUAGACAAUGUUUAGAAACUGGGAAAUGGACCGGUGAAGACUUUUAUUGCGAAAAAAUGAGAUGUCCCGCGUUGGAUCAUCCUCUUCAUGGCAAGCACAACUGUGCUGGACUGGAUUUCGAAUUCGGCAUAUCAUGCGAAUUUGAGUGUGAUGCAGGCUACGAAUUACAAGGUUCCAGCGCUCGAACUUGUCUUAUAAACGGUUCUUGGACUGGCACGCAGACUAUCUGCAAAGCGAUGAAGUGUGAACCUCUAAAACGAAAUCAGCAUUUGAAAGUGAAACCGAAAAAGUGCAGUAGUGAAAAAAUGCCGGUCGGAUCACUUUGUCGGUAUUACUGUACUGAAGGUUACAGUUUGGUUUCAGACAAUGGCAAAGCUGAUGGAAUCAACGAGUGUCUUGUUAAUAAAACUUGGUCGAAUGCUGGUCAAAAAAUAUCAUGCGCUGAUAUCUCCCCACCUAAUAUAGAAUGUCCGAAAUCUAUCGUUACUUCAACAGAUCCUGACAAAGCCACAGCUCGAGUAUCAUGGAAAGAAGCCACUGCUGAUGAUAAUGUAUUCGUUUCUGACAUAUUCAUAAAGUCUCCUGUAUUCAUUAGGAAACCACCACAAGCUUUUCCAAUUGGUGUCACAAAAGUUGUAUAUGAAGCAAUAGAUGGUUCUAAUAAUUCCAACUCUUGUUCUUUUUCUGUCACAGUUAUAGACAAAGAACCUCCAAAAGUUUUAGAGUGCCCUGCAAAUAUUGAAAUAUAUCAUGAUAAAAGAUCUCCAAUCUCAGUUACCUGGAAUGAGCCAGUUUUUUGGGACAACUCUAGACAGCUGAAAUCUGUCACUCAAAAUCACAAAAGUGGAGCCGAAUUUUCUUGGGGCGAUCCAUAUCCAGUUUAUUACAACGUAACGGAUCCCUCUGGAAACAAGGCCACUUGUAAAUUUACGGUUAAAAUAAGGCAUUACCCAUGUCCACCGCUCCAAGCUCCGGUCAAUGGUUUCGUGACUUGUGACACAUGGGAAGAUGGACGUUUGUGCAGUGUUCACUGUGCUGAAGGUUACCGUUUCGCCACCAACCAGGAAGUUCCGAAUACCUUUGAAUGCAAAAAAAUAGGCCAAACCGGAGGCAAAUGGGCUCCUUUCCUAACUAGAAAUUCUAAUUUCAAUUUCCCUAUCCCAGAUUGUUCAAAAAUUCACAAGCGAAAUGCUGUCAACGAAACAAUUCAGUUUAAUUACAAAGUGGAUGUCUGUAACGAAGAAAUAGCAAAUAAACUGAAAGAAAAAUUUGUAUAUACCUUAAAGCAUUCCUUUGGACCAGUUGGGGGUAUCAUUUGUCCAGCAAAAAGAGGUUGCAAGCCUGGAAAUGUGCAAAUAUCAUGCGGAAAUAAUCCUCUUCGGAAAUUCAAAAGAAGUGUGGAUGCUCAAAGAGACUUGAUUGUGAAAUUAAAUGUGGCUAUGUAUCCCGGUGAAGAUGAAGAUCUAAAUGGGACAGUUAUAUCAGAGGCUUCGAAUCUAAAUGAAGAUAAUAUGAAUGUGUCGCAGUCUUUAGUGAAAGAAAUUGAAUCAAUAGCAACACAAAAUGUGAAAUUAGUUUAUAAUGUGGAUUCUAUAGAAGCUCCAAAAAUCAGCCUCCAAAUUGAUCUAAUUUGUUCACUGGGUCAGAUUAAAAAAGACAAUUCUUGUGUGGAUUGUCCAGCUGGUACAUAUAAAAACGAUAAUAUGGAGGCCUGUCUCGAUUGUCCGCAUGCAAGUUACCAAGAUAAGAUAAACGCUUUCUCUUGCCUUCCUUGUCCAGAAGGAUAUACGACAUAUGAAAAAAGAUCGAAGGCCUUUUCUGACUGUAAAGCUCCCUGCAAACCUGGUACUUACUCUCGUUCGACUUUCGAGCCUUGCCAACCUUGCCCACUGAAUACAUAUCAGGAACACGCUUUAAGAAAAGAAUGCACCAGAUGUCCUAUCGGAUUGCUUACUUGGAAAACUGGUUCAAAUUCCUCUACAGACUGUACUUCUUCGUGCAAACCUGGAUCCUAUUCUGACACAGGCUUAGAACCUUGCACUUUGUGUGAUUUUGGAUUCUAUCAAAGUCAACAUAAGCAAAAUGCAUGUGAAAUUUGCCCCGACGGUACCACUACAAAAGCGAAAGGUUCCAUAGCUCUGGACCAAUGCGAGAAAGUCGAUAUCUGUAAAGACCUUCAUCCAUGUUCAAAUUUCUCCACGUGUAUGCAGACAGGAAGCAGUUACACGUGCAUAUGUCCACCUGGAAGCUACGGAAAGCACUGCGAACAGACAAUAAAUUUCUGUGAAUCAGAUUCAUGUUUCAAUGGAGGAACUUGUGUUAGUAAACUUGAUGGUUAUAUAUGUUUGUGCUCUGAAGGGUUCUCUGGGCAAAACUGUGAGAUCAACGUGGAUGACUGCAAAAAAAAUUCCUGUUAUAAUAAAGGGAAAUGUAUCGAUCUUAUCAAUGAUUUUGCAUGCGUCUGUCAAGAAGGAUACACAGGCUCAAGAUGUGAAAUAAAUAUUUUUGAUUGUUUAUCUGAUCCUUGCCAUAACGGAGGAACAUGCUUCGAUAAAGUAAAUGGAUACAGAUGUUGUUGUCCUCCAGGAUAUGUUGGGGAGCACUGUGAAAAAGAACUUGGUCCAUGUGACUCAGUUGUAUGCGAAAACGGUGGAACCUGUUCCUCUAAUGAAAAUGGAUUUGAAUGCAAUUGCAAACCUGGAUUUCAGGGAAUAUACUGCGAAGAAAAAUUUGAUUAUUGUUUCAAUUAUACUUGCUUCAAUGGCGGCUCUUGUGAAAAUGGAUUUGAUUCUCCCAUCUGUAAAUGCGCUGCAGGUUACAUGGGACUUCACUGCGAGGAAGAAAUUAUUCCAGUAUAUUCUCUGAAUUUCAAAUCUCCUACCACUUCAAACUACGCAAAAGUGGAAAAUAAAGAUCUGUUAUAUGCUAUCACUGUUUCUUUCUUCAUGCGUACUCAACUGAAUACUCCAGAAAGAAGGCCUACUCCGCUUUCUUACAGUUAUUAUGACGAGGAGAAGAAACAACUGGUUGACAACGCCUUAACUCUGUUUGAUAUCAACAGAAUAGUGCUUUAUUUACACGGAGAAAUGUUACAUACUGGAUACGUCGCCAAUAGUGAUGCUGACUGGCAUCAUUAUGCUGUCACUUGGGAGAGAAAUGAAGGAAAAUGGUCGUUCUUUGUGGAUGGAAAAAUUAUCAUCAACGGUACCCAUGUGGGAGAUGGAAGAUACUUUUGGCCAGGUUUUUUCGUGCUAGGACAAGAGCAAGAUAGCUUAGGUGGUACGUUUAGCAUAUCUGAAGCUUUUGCUGGAGAAAUUACUGAGUUCAACGUUUGGAACUAUGCUAUGUCCCAAGAAGAAAUUACAUCAACAUUCUCCUCUUGUGGCAGAGUUGGCAACGUUGUUCCUUGGCCGAGUGUUUCAUAUUAUGUGCAUGGCAGUGUAACUGUUUCGACUGGCAACGAUCUAUGUCAAGGAAUUGGCACUUGCUCAGAGAAAGACUGUCAUUGCUUCUAUUCGACAAAGGAAAUAGCUAUUAUGUGCCAACAUUCUGUUCAAGGUUGUGAUCCAAAUCCAUGUGCCAAUUCUCAGUCUUGUAUCGUAAAUAAUUCUAGAUCGUUUUGCAAUUGCGAUGCUGGAUUUGACGGAAAAUUUUGCGAAUAUGAUUUAAAUGAAUGCUUAGAAAACAACGGAGGCUGCAGUCAUAUAUGCGUCAAUGUUUUGGGUUCCUAUGAAUGCGAAUGUCCCGAUGGCAUGCUUCUUUCUAAUGACGGAAAGAAUUGUCAAGAUGUCAGCUUCUGUAAAGUGGAGGAUCAAGUACAUUUAGAUGGUGAAAUUUGGAUGUCGGACUGCCAAGAAUGUACAUGUGAAAGAGGAAAUGUGCAAUGCAUGCAAAUACAGUGCCCUGAUAUAAAAUGCCUCCCGGAGGAAAAUUGGGUUCAUCUACCAGGAGAAUGCUGUCCAAAAUGUGUAUCUUAUGCAUUUUGUUCCAUCUCGUCUAAUAAUACCCUCCUCAUGUUUGAUUACCGCUCCAUUGAAGUUUCCCCCUCAUGUGAUUUCACAUUGAUUGAAGAUUGCGUAGAAGGCCAAUUCAGUUUGCGCCUGGAAUCCAAUCAUCCUCUUGCAGCUUCCAAUCAAUCAAUUGAGCAAGCAAACAACCUGGAAUCAAAUCAAAGCCUAACUACUGGGAGAAAUCUAGUCAUCUUUCAAGACUGCCAAACUCUUCGUAUCUCAGAUAUUGGUGAAAUAUUUGUGAACAACCAAAUCGUAGAUUCAUCAUUUCAAAGCAAAGAAUUCCGCUUAGAAUCAAAGAAUGAAACUAUAGAUAUUUGGUCUAAAUCUGGACUUUACCUGCAGUGGUAUUUUAAUGGAGAAAUCCUCGUUGCUACUCCGUUUGACGUUUCAUCAAAUUUGUGUGGUGUGUGUGGGAACUUUCAAGAUUACCAUAUGAAGAAAACAGGAUAUAGUUAUCCUGCAGAAGAAGAAUGCAUAUUUCGAAAGGUGGAAGAAAAUGAUGAUCUGCAAGCGUCCAGAAGUCACCUAUGUUAUCUCAUUUUUACGGAGAAAUGGCUUCAGCUGUUAACGAUAUUUUUAAUGCAUAGUAUUUUAAACCAUUUUAUACACUAAAAAAGAUGGUAAUCCAGUUAUCUUUGAAUCAAGUGAACAACUGUAUGAAAGAGCUUAAUCUCACUUAUUUAUUUUUUUAAAUCCCUUUCUAUGAAUAAAGUAUUAUAUAUGACUGAAA